AUGGCCGAUUCUCCAAUGGCAGGGGCUUCAAAGGUCGUGCUUUUCUUCCUUGCCUUCUGCGUUGCGCUGGUUGUGACCGGGGGAGAGUCUGGGUUCGAGGGGUCGGAGGAUCUGUUGCCCCUGAGGUCGGAAUUGGAGCAGCUAAGGUCAAAGGUCUCCGCUCUCGGUCUGUUUGAUCUCCGUUUCUGUAUCUUCUCGAAUUUUUUUUUGUAUCUUUAUUUCGGAGGUCGCGGAUUAUGAUGGAGUUGGCUGUUCACUACCCGUCAAAGGACCGAUGCCUUUCUGAUCUUCCUAUUCACUGCCCUCAUAUUUUUCGUCGUAAUGUACGACGACCAUUAAGAAAUGUCAAGACGCAGGAGCUAUUUUUUUCCCUAGCUCCAUCAUCUAACCUUUACGACAAGAAGAAAAAAUAUCUGUGCAGCUCAUGUGAUAGAGAAAAAAUCCCAGUGCAUUUUCUGUUCAUAUUUCUCCUUUCUACCUGGAUCUUGGAACACAUUUAAAAUUUUAUUUCUUCCUCUUUUUUUUGAAGAGGCGAGCAUUGCCGUAGGAAAUCAACAGUUGAAAGCCAAAGAUGAAACACUUGUGCAGCAAGAGAACAGCAUCGAUGAAAAGUCAGCGGUCAUUACUUCCUUACAGGCUGAAAUUGAAUCACUAGAGGUGAGAUUAUACGAUGAUGUCUUGAUAGUAAUAGUUUCCAUUUUUUUUGUUUCUGCCUUCACCGCCCGAAAAUUUUUAUCUUCAUUUUCUCUAGAAAGAGGGCGCUGUUGAUUCUAAAAAGCUAGUGGGGGGAGUUCACACCCGUGCUACGGAGCUUGAGCUCCAGGUCUGUCAAGAAAAAUAUUUUUCCGUCGUAGUUUGUCUCUCUCUUGAAGUGAAUUCUCUUUACAGAUCGGUAAACUUAAAGGUGGGAUAAAAUCUCAAGUCUGGAAGAGAGAUGCUUUGGAAGCUAGAGCUGUUGAAGCAGAAAAGAAAAUGGAGGAGCUAAAUCUAUUGCUACAGAGAGUAAGUAUGCAAAAUUUCUGACAGUCAUUUAUUUAAUGUCAUACGUCUUGUCCAAAUUAUUCUCCUAUAAAAUCAUUUUUCGGAUCAUUCAAGGUCAUUUUGACCUAACAUUGUGUGGUAUUCUUAGAUACACCAUAUUUUUCCUUAGCAUCUUUGAGAAUUGGUAGCCUAUGUCUAGCACGCCAGAGAUAUUUGCCACUGUCAAUCUGUCAUUGUCACCGCUGACAAUUAGACCUUGUCCAUUGUCUACCUCUAGAUGCUACCGUCAUAAAUAUUCUUAAGAAAUAAUCAUUGAUUGUUUCGGAAGUUUAUCUUGGAGGAAUAUACUGUAUGAAGACGCAAGGUAGAAAUUAUAUAAUUAUUUUUUCUCUUGAGAUUUUUUGUUGUUGUUGGUGUUCUUGGUAAACAGUCUCCCAGGCCUGGUCACUCUGACCCCCCGCGUCACCCCUUCCCCCCGAAGUUAUGAGGCUACGAGUUGUCUCUAUCGUAAUAAUAGUCAGUGCAUGUCUACGGUAAAUGUGAAAGGCUACUAAGUGAGGAGGAACUUAUCAUCACUCCAAAUGGCUAGCCGAUAUUCCGACUUUUUAUAGUAACUGAGUUUCCAAAUCUCGUUAAAAGAUAUUGGCAAUCAUGUGUGAUUAAAGCCCGGGAAAUGAUGCUUUUUAUUGAGUCAAUGCUAGUAACCGUUGGUUCAUCAGUUUUUGAAAUUUGUUGGAUGAAAGCUACAAUGGGAUUACUUUCUGUAGAGUUAUUUUUUCACAAAAUUUACUGUGAGCGUUUAUGUGAUGAGAAACAAAGAAUUCAACAAAGAACGCACUCUCCAGAAUGCAAUACAAAAUUGAAAGGGCUUCCCAUAAAUCUUUGUGAAUUGUUCUGAAUCAGUUCAACAAGGAUGUUUUAUUAAAAUAGUGAAGGGAAAAACUAGAACUGUUGCAAUUUUUCUUGUACAUAAAGGAUCACCGCAACUCUCAGGAAAACUCAACCAAAAAGUCACAUCAUGGAAAAUGUAAUCGUGAAUUUGAGAAAGAGGACUAGGAUGUAUCCUUUCUUACUGCAAGACUAAAGUGUAGGAGAAAGUCAGAACCCCUUUUUUUCCCCCAUUGGUGUGUGUGUGUAUAUAUAUAUAUAUAUAUAUAUAUAUAUAUAUAUAUAUAUAUAUUUCUUUAUGUCAGUGUCUGAUAGGGAGGGAGGGAGAGAGAGAACGAGGACUGUUAUGUGUGCCUUUUUUUGUCGUGCUAGAAGGAUAUGAAAGCCUUGAAAAGAAUGUAUAGCUACUUGGAGAGCUGAAAGGAAACUCUCCUUGGGGGACUUUUGCAUGGCUUUUCCAGAUUACUUGUUUUAAGAUCUGGAUGCUUCACUUGCUACAAGUUGAGGAAAAAGAAUGCCUUUGCCUUCGAAAUUACUUGUGCCAUCUGGCCUCAUACCCAAAAGAAAAAAGAGGAAAAAUGUAGGAGGAAGUAAAACAUGACUAAAUGCUUUUCAUUCAUCACUUGAUUCCUUCUCCAUGAUUUUCACCGUAUCUUGCUUAUCCGUUAACGUCCAACAUUGUUUGAUAGUUGGUUUAAAAAGAAGAUCAUGAAUCUCUAGCUCAAACCGUUUCGUCCCUAAUUUUUUUGAUUCUUUCCUAACUGUAGGGUGAACUCCAAUGAUUCAUCCCUUCUUCUUAACUUUGCUAUCGUGGCCCAAUGUGUUGGCAUCAUUCAGUCGUUGAUGGCCAGAAAAUUUCUAAAUCCUCUAGAGUUUUCGAAAGUGUACUUACCUCCAAUGAUUAUUACGGUUUCACGAUUCUUAUGUCUUUUGUAGGAUAAUUGAUUUCAUAAAAUCCACCGAGUAGAUGCCUUUUUCUAAAGUAGGUUACAAAGCGAAUGCAGAGAAUUAAAUGGCACAAACGAAAAGUCUGGUCUUUGAGCAGUCGACAGCAAGAGGUGAGAGCUUCAAAUUGGUGUUGAUUUCUAUCGAUAUUAACUUUUCAACACUAGGUUGAUCUUUGAAUUGGCAACCUAAUUUCAUAGUUAGUUUGUUUUCUCCAGUAGGAGUCAUGCUACUCAGAGAACGUAUUAUGCACUGCAUCUUCCCCUCUGUGCAUGAAUUUGGGUUUAAGCCUCUGAAACUGUUUAACUUGUCAUGGAGUAUUCAGCCAUGGAUGAGGACUUCCCCAGUCCAACGGGAAUCUGGAUGUUGAGUACAGGACAAAAAGCUGUCAAACGCAACAACUGAAAGCAAGAAUCGAUUGUCCACUCAAUCUUUAUCAACGUUUAAAUUUCUUCUAGUGCGUCUUUCGUGUUACUACAUAAGUUGUCAAAUUCACAUUUGCAUUUUGAUUGGAUUAAUAUGAUUCCUAUUCCUACUUCACUUGGUCACAUCCUAUCCAUAGAACUCCCAAAUGUGUGUGUAUAUUUUUUUGUUUUCUUUGUAUUAUAAGAAUUCUUGGUGCGACCUCGGUAGGAAAACAUAGCCAAAUACACUGUUAGACAACGAUUUUUUCAUGGAUUGCGAAAUGAUUUUGAUGCCCAUUUGCGAACCCGGAUGUCAGAUGAGUAAAUAAUUCUCCAGUCAUAUCAUUUUUCUUCUGCCAUUGUAGCUUCAAAAGACGAAUGAUGAGCAAAAAAUGAGAAUUAAGAAAACAAAUCAUGCACUUAAGGAUGCUGAGGUAUUAUUUCAUUCUCACUACUUUUGUAUAAUUUUUUCUGAGGUGCUGCCUUUUGUAAGCUUGUUUUCAAAUUUCACUAGGAAGAAUUGAUGAAGGCACAGUUUGAGGCAUCAUUGAAGAAUAAAGAGUUGGCAGAGGUAGGGUGUUGUGAAAUUUGUGUUUUAACUUCUUAUCUAUAGUCCAGUUCCCCAUUUGGUUGUAAUUUUUUUGCAAAAAAGUUUUUUUCUUUGAGAAAUGAUAGCUAAUGUUUAACCCCUCAUCAUGGUGCUUCAUACAUCUGCGGUUGUUCUCUACUAUUUAUCCGAUAUCAGGAGCAUCUAGGGUCUUAUAUAUGGCUAUUGUAUGCCUUGCAACUUAAGCUUAAGUUUCUAAUGUUUUCUAUGGCCAUUAUAAGAGAAGUUUCACGUUUCCUGAACAGGUUCAUGGAGCAUGGCUUCCUCAUUGGUUGUUAGUUCAUACGAAUCAUUGUCAGGUAUUCUCAUAUGCAAUAUAAUGGCUGAUAUCACUAUGCGUGCUAUUUUUGAUAAGUAUCUUCCAAUUAUAGGCUUCUCUGGCAUUCUACUGGAAGAAUCACGGGAAACCCAACUAUGAUAUUUUUCUAGAAAAGGUAAUCCAUAUUAUUUCUAAACCAGUAAUUUACAUGAGUUUGAGGAAAAUACUCUGGAUCAACUCAGUGUAUCUGUAAAUACUCUGAUUUUGGGAUUUGCACAAGAAAAUAGAACUACUUGAUUCGAAAGAUCACUGCCUGGAUAUUUUACCUUGUAAAUUGGUUUGAAUCAAAGUAUGGUGUAAGUUUAGGCUAUGCAUUUUAACCCAGUUUACCUAAAAAACGAGGUAAUUCAUUUUUCAUUAUCGAGUCAGUCUGGAAUAAACUCUUAAGAGAGUAGUGAGUCUGAAAUCAUUAUGGAUGGAAUGCUGAGAUUUUUCUGUGCAUGAUUGCUGAUCACACUGGUCUAAGCUUUUUAAUCUGUUGCAGGUGUCACAAAUAUCUGCUCAGGCACAAAAGAAGGCUGAGUGCCAUUUAGAAACAGCUAAAACGGUAAGCUGCCAUCACUGGGAACUUUUCUGAAAAUUAGAAAUGUCUUUUCGUUUUCAGAAAUACCCUUGAUCGGGGAUAUUCUAUUGGUAUCCUCAUGUAAUCCGUUAUCCAAGAGAGUCUUGUGGCUGAUUUAGUUUAACCUGUAAAGGUGAAGCUAACUGGACACAGCGAAAAGGGUUCUGCUAUAUGUGGACGCUAAGUUAAAUUGAAAAAUUGAAUGAAACAGAAAUCUGUAUACACAGAAAAGGCUAACAAAAAAAUAGUAGAGGUCCAAAAUUAAUUAGAACUAUGGCAAUAAUAGUUUCUGCUGGGUUUUAUUUCCAUUGGUAUUCAGAUACGAUCCCGGAUAACAGUGUUGGGCUCGUAUCAUAUUCUAUUUUUCUCAAUAUUCUGAAAAUUUUACCAUCUUAGCCAAGGAAACAAAAUUUUAUGUUGACUGACAGUUAUUAUUGUGGGAAAAACGUAUAACUAAGGGUUAGGUUGUUGGGUCGGUUUCCUAAUUUGGUUGAGCAUCCUAAUAAAUCGAGGGAUUCGACCUAGGUAGUUUUCCUUUUUUGUUUUGAGGCUGGGGUAAUUUUAUAUAACCAGCAAUUUUUCUAUGAAUUGUCACGACAGGAAAUUUUUCCCACUGUUAAUUCUUGUUUGGUUUGCAUCAAUUAUGUCUGUUUCUCAUGACGUCAUUUUGAUGCAGCAUUUUGUCUUUUUUCUCCCUCUAAUCUGUUCCCUUCUGCUGUUCCUGUGUCACAUUCUUCAGCGAUUUAUUUUAACUUUGGACCAUCUAAUAAAAUUGUAUCCUUAUUUUUGUUUAAUCUUUGUUCAAGAAAUGGAUCCCCAUGUUGAAGGAACUAUGGGUGACUAUCAGAACAUUCAUCAUGCCUUAUACAGAGUUGGUGGCCACAAAAACUAUUGAGAUCUAUAACUCUGUUGUGAUCAUUCUUAAGCCACACACAGUCCAGAUACAAGGUGCAGUGGAUCCUUACUUCCAGGUACUUAAUACCAAUAAUAUUAUGGCUGAAUGGUGAUGGAUUACCCAAACUCUACCAUAUAUAGUUUCGUUAUCCAAACUUUAAAGACCAUUAUUUCUCCAUAUUUAUCAGAGUGAGAAUGAGAUGUGGUUGCAGGAUGCCUGGAGGCUCUGCAAGCUGUAUUUUGAUCAAGUUAUGACAGACUUGAAGCCUCAUGUGGACAAAGUGCAUGCUGCUUCAAAGCCUUACUCAGAACCUAUUGUCUAUGCAUUUGGGAAGUUCUAUCAUCAGGUAUCUUCGUUCCCCUUUCCCAUGAGCUCAGAACUUUGAUGUGUACAUUCAGUCGGUUGUGAAUCUCACUCAAAUUAAGUUGUUACAUAGCUUAUUUGGUUUAUUCCAGGUCCAAGUAGGUGUCAAAGCGAUUCUGAAGAAACAUGAGCUCACCAGGGCCCUUGCAACAGAGGAUUUCGUGUGGUCUAUUGUACGUAUCAAACUCAUUUUUGUAUCGUUCUCUAGUUAGUCAAUAAUAUCUACCUCUUAUCUUUCAUUACUGUUAAGAAACAUAGUCAGACGUGGAGAAGAAUUUCCUCUUAGCAGAGAAACACAGACAGAGGGGAGGAAUGGUGGAAACCACCAAAACCCAUCAUCAACCUCUCACACCUCUUAAAAGAGAAGAAAACCCUACAGAACCCUUCCCAAAAUACCCUCAGUGUUUUAUAGUAUAUAAUCAGUGUUGCUAGACUGCUGCUGCAACCUAUUAGAAGUCAUCCUUCCUCAUCAUCACCUCUUUGCAGCCCUCUAGGACUGCCUCCAGCGCCGCUACAUUGUGUAGGCACUGGAUCUCCUUGGCCCCUCCCAAGUAACUCCCAUUGGCGAACACCUUCUGGAGCUUGUAGCCACCAUGGUGAGGCACAUGGAUGAAAGCGGGCUCUUAGAAACUGACGUGUAUUGACAUGUCUUUCUCAUUGAUGUGAACUUUUAACCUUUGAGGGUCACUUUGAUGACACAUCAGUUCUCAAAUGUCCUCUGCAUCACACGUGCUAAUGAAGUAAAAAAUCACAUUCGUUUGAUCUGACAGUGGUGGGUAUCUUCAUGAAAGAGUUUAUCUUUGAUUUGAUAGUGCCACUUAGAUCCAAACCUUCUUGAAGAAGGAAUCAUCAUUAGGGUCAAUCUGUAAUGAUAGUCUCCGUCAUCAUUGGUGGAAGAAAAUUAAUGGAGAAUGAUCUAAUUCUCCAUGUCUGUCAUCAUCUCCCAUAUAGUGAUGAUUUUUGACAUCUUGGUGUCUGCUCCUAUUGUAGUGUUACUUCGAUCAUCUUUGACCAUCCCUUAGCCUUCAGCAAGAUGUCAUCAUCAUUGUUGCCCCCCAAAAUGUCUUCAAAUUACCUUGCUCACUCGUCGUCGUCGCUCAACAUCUCUUUGUCGAAUUGUCUCGCUUGUUCCUUGCCAUCUUUGUUGUUGUAUAACUAGUGGCUUUCCCAAUGAAGGGCCCGAGAGUGGUAAAAGUUUGGGAGAGACGUGGUUGUGUAUUGAUAUGGUGUGGUAUCAAGAAAGUGGUGCCAGACUCUGCCACUAGGCUUGUUGUUCUUGUUUUGAUCUUUUACAACCCAUGAUCAGAGAUGGAGCGAUUGAUAUCACAAGAGAAGAUGAGUUUUUAAGGAUCUAAGCAAUAGUGGUAAGAUUAGUAGCAGAGAUUGACACCACUUAUCUGAUGCUACGUCAUACUUUACCAUGUCAUUUCUACUUCUAACACACUCAGGUCUUUCAUCAGAAAAAGUCAUCAGUUAUGCAAGAACAAAAUAAUAAGGAUCAAAUAAGAGGAUUUAGUAAAGAUAUAUUGGGUGAUGACAAUGAGGAAAUAAAAAAAAUUCAAUGAAGACAUGUUGGGGAGUGACAACGAUAAUGAUAAGGUGCUAAAUGUUAAAGAAUGAUCAAAGAUGAUCAAAGAGAUGCUAUGUUAGGAGUGAACACCCACCAAGAUGUCAAAAAUCAUUAAUGUAUGGGAGAUGAUGUCGGACGUGGAGAACGGGAAUACUCUCCGUCGGUUUUCUUCCACCAAUAAUAGUGGAGACUCCAUCAUUGCAGAUUCCGAUCUUGAAGACAGUUUUUUCUUCAUGAAGAUUUGGAUCUAACUAGCACCAUCAAGAAUAAACUCUUUUGAUCUGACUGUCAGAUCAAGCAAAGGUGGUUCUUUGCUUCACUAGCCUCCGUGUGGUUCAGAAGACAUUUGAGGACUGUUGCACCAUAAGAUGAUCAUCAGAUGUUGUCCACAUCAAUGUGAGGGACUGCAAGCUCUCAAUUUCAAGGAGGAACUUGUUUCCAUCCUUAGGCCUCACCAUGGUGGCUGCAAGUUCUCAAAAAUGUUUGCCAAUGGGAGAUACUGAAGAGGGGCUGGGGAGAUCUAACGCCUACGUGAUGUAGGGGUGCUGGAGGCAGCCCUAGAUUGCUGUGAAGAGGUGGUGAUGAGGAAGGAUGACUCCUGCCAAUCUGCAGUUGGAUGAGGUUCGUCUCCUGCGAGGGCGGCAGGGAGAUUGGUAGUGACGGGGAAGGAGGAGAUGCACAUAUAACCUUGAAUGUCUUAAGCCACCCCUCAAGGUUUUUGUUCUUGUUCUUGUUCUUAGUUCUUGGUGUCAUUUUAUCUCCUGUUCCUAUUUCUGUUUAUUUCAAGUGAUGAUGCUAUGAUAUUGUUGUAAAAAAAUAUGUUUAAGAAACAUAGACAAACAUUGAGGAUAAUUUCCUCGGUCACAGAGGACAGAGGGGAUGAAGGGCGGAAACCUAUCAUCGACCUCUCAUACCCUUAAAAGGGAAGAAAACCCUAUAGAAUAUUCCCCAAAUAUCCUCAAUGAUUUACAGUAUUCCCCUUGGAACUUCCAACAGUUAUGAUAUAAUCUAUGAUUGUAGGCUUCUGCUUUCUUGGCCCUGGGCAUUUUCCUUGCAUAUUCCCUGCUUGCAGCCGUUUUCUGGUUAGUGAUUUCUAUACCAUUCUCUGUAUUACCACGAAGUUUUCCCUUCGUCUGUGCCCUUCACUGGUUAUUUUGUGUUCUUCUCGUCCUCUACAGUAAUAACAACCCAAGGAGAAGUACUCAGAAAGUACAUUCAACGCGUGCUCCUCGUAAGCACAAGCACAGGCACGCUGACAAGCAGAGUUCUAGGGUCGUUCGGGCACAGGUUCAACGCCUUACCUCCAUUAUUUUUCUAAGUUGCCCAUUCGUUCUCACUAAAUUCAUAGCGGUAUCAUGCACCACAGAAAGAAAAACUCAUAGUUGUCUCAUGGAUGCUGCUGAUUAUUUGUAG